CAAUGUAGCACAAACAUUGCUACUGAUGUUCAAAUAUCCGCAAUGUGCAGUGAACGAGAAUGAAAUUCCAAUCUUCAGUGCAAUAAAGCUACCUGCAACUGCGUUGGAAAAUUUCGAUAAGCGCAUCGAAAAACAGUCAAGUCGUUCUAAUAUUAAUUUGAAGUUUGAAUGCGAACAAGGCAUUUUGAAUAACGCUGGUAAGAAAGUUCAUUUUUGUGAAAACGUUCAGAUCUUCAAAGUAAGUCCUUCGAAAUCUAAUAGCCCUAGUGAAAACAAACUAGAACCAUACACUGAACCAUUGCAAGAUCCAGACAAUGAAGAUGACGAUGAAGAUCCUCCCAGUCCGGUUAUUGGCUCAAAAAACUCGCCGAGUUUGACCCCUGUUGUGAAGUCAGGGGCCACUGAGAUGGUUGACACGCCAUUGGCCGGAUCUUCGGAUACUAAAGCAUUUACGUGUCGGAGUGUUCUUUUUGGAGGUGAUGAUGAUUCAAUAGAAAAUAGCGAUCACGCUCUCGCUCCCGAAGCUGAAAAGUCAAAUUUGAAAGAGCCGAGCAAACUUUUUGAGGUAACUUCAGAAGACGAUUCUGGGUUUAUCUCGUUCUCUCAAAUGACCGACAUGUUUAAAGAAAGUUUCAACUCUCAAACUGGAGAAUCGUUGCCUCCAAAUCGGCCUCAAAAUGAAUUUUCAUUGAAUGAGAAAGUCAGUAUCAUCGAUGUUUCGCCUCAAUUUAAAACUGAAACACCAGUUAUUGAAAAUCUAGCGAAAGAUUGCGACUUAACGCAACCUAGCAACAAUAGCAAAAACAAAGAAGACGACCCCGUUUUUAUACCAAAAAUGAUCGGUUUUCAAACUGCUCGUGGAUCAUCGAUCAGUAUAUCAGCAGAAGCUCUUCAAAAAAGCUCAAAAAUUAUAUUGGAGAUUGACAGCGACUACAUUAUUCAAGAAAGUUCCAAGCUAAUUCAAGAAAGUUCCAAGCUGACCAAUGGAAUUGAUAACUUUUCACGUGUUCGUGUUCCUCGUAAAGCUUCAAAGAACCGCCUCGGAACUUCCGGAUCAAAGUUCGAAACUUCGGUCAUUGAUUUAAGUGAAGGUACUCCCUGUGUUGGUUUCAAAACAGGAGGCGGCAAAUCCAUUGAGAUCUCGAAAACCUCUUUGGACAAAAGUAAGAAAAUUCUGGCUGAACUUGAAGAACCUGCUGAUGCAGGGUAUAAAUUAAGUUUUGGUUCUUGCGAAUUCGCUACGGCAGGAGGUAAAAGUAUUAAGAUGUCAGACGAAGCUUUAGCAAGAAGUGCGAAGAUACUUGAAGGAAUCGAACAAGAUGUGAAAAUGGAAAAUUCAGAACUUAAUGAAAACGCUUCUUUUUUUGUCACUAAUGUCAAGUUGGAAAAUGCUGAACCUACAUUGGAAUCCUUUGUGAGUACUGGAUUCAAAUCUGCCAGAGGAAAUGCUUUCAAAGUAAGCAAAGAAGCCUUUGAAAAGUCUAAGAAAUUACUAAAUGAUGAAGAUGUUGGCGAUUGUACAGAUACGAUUCAAGAGGACAUAAAUAAAAAUCAGGCAGUAAGUGCUACUGGUGCUAGCUCGUCUAAAGCUAGAAAUAUACUUGAUACAUCUCCUGAUUUGCCAACUGAAAAGAAUCCACAAAAACCCAGCGGUUUUAAACCAGUAAUUCAAAAAUGUCGCAAAACUUCGGAAUCGGUAGAAAAUGUCAGUAAAUCGAAACACCUGAAUGAUGCCAGCGCCAAUAAAAAUCUUGUUAAAGUUGAAAAAACGCAAUUUAAUACGUUGGAACCAGUUAUAACGUCCCCUUGUGAAGUCGGAAAAAGGCGAAAUACAGCUUUCAAGUCUCCGCUGUUUGCAGACAAAUUGUUACGGCCGCCAUCUGAUAUAAAAUGUGAGAAGAAAACACAUCACGGAGACGAUGAUUCGAAAAGUAUCUCAGAUAUGUCGAAAUUUAAUUGGAAUUUGAUGAGUAAAAUGGGAAGAGUAAUGACCAUAAAAUUGAAUUGCACAAAUACUUUAUCACUGGCAGAUUUAGCAGUGUUGAACAAUUUCAACGAAAAUACCUCGCGUACAAAAACUAAGCAAUACGCGACAAAUUCCUGUUAUUCUAAAGAGAAUCACUUUGUUUUUGCGGGUUCUGAUUUUAAAUUUCAAGCUGAUCAGUUUUUCUCAAAACGAGCAAUUGAAAAGGGAUUCGCAUUUGUGGGCGACAAUGCUAAGUUGAUUCUCCGCGAUACAGGAUUCAUUGAUGUUGAAGAUUUUCAUCAGGCUCUGUUAACUAUUCCAGGUGUUCCAAGGGCUGCGGCAUCACUGAAGUGGGUAAAAAAUGCCUGUCAAUGGAUUCUGUGGAAACUAGCUGCUUACGAACUAAGUUUCCCACAGGUGUUCAAACCUUUCUCUCUUCUGAGCCCCAAUUGCGUUAUCUCUCAGCUCAAAUACAGAUUCGACAAAGAGUAUCAUCUAGGAUUGAGAUCGGCAUUUCGUAAAAUUAUAGAACACGACGAUGUUCCAAUGAAGUGCAUGAUAGUGUUGGUCUCAAAUGUGAACGCGAAUAAAUUGCCAUAUAUGGAAGUCAGCGAUGGUUGGUAUUCGUUGGAUUGUGAAAUCGAUCAGCCAAUGUUGGAACUCAUUCGGAAAGGACGACUGAAAAUUGGAAACAAAAUAGCAAUUUGUGGAUCUCAAUUACUGAAUGCAGAAGUUCCCUCUGAACCGCUAGAAAAAAGCGACGGUGCUAGGUUGAAAAUAUCGUAUAAUGGAUGUAGGCCUGCAAAAUGGGAUGCAAAAUUGGGUUUCUACAGAUACCAAGAUGUUUUCUUGGUUCCGGUGUAUACGAUAAAAGGCGCUGGAGGUUUGAUACCUAAAGUUCAUGUCAUAAUUCAGCGGGUUUAUCCUAUGGAAAUUUCAGAAACUCUUUCAAAUGGUAAUUUGAUUGUGAAAACCGAGCGUCAGCAUAAACUUGACAUGAACAAAAGAAUUGACGAACUUGAAUCAAAAAGAUUCAAAAGCGGAGUUGAUUCUGAAUUUUCAGAGGGCGCGCAAAAAAGUUUUGAAUCGAGGCUGAAAAUUACACUGAAAAUUCGAGUUUCGGAUGUGAAGAGUUCGUCGAGCUGUGCUAUUUUGAAUAUAUGGAACCCUUCGGAAAGUUUAUUCGACCAACUGAAAGAGGGAGUUGACAUUUUAAUCGCAAAUUUAAAACCGAUAAAUUCGUAUCACAAUGAAACAUCUUGUAUUACAAUAGCAACAACGCGAACUACAGUAUUUAUACCAGGAAAUAGAAAACUGGGAAAAAAUCAUAAAAAGGUAUUUAGCUUUGUACCUCGAAACCUUAUCAGUUCGUUUGGAAAUGGUGAAAUUUGUGAUGACUUUAACGAGUUUGAUAUCAUAGGAAUAGUUGCUCGCAUUAACGACGGAAACGCCCCUGUUGUUUUUCUCUGUGAUGAGUCAAGUAAUUUAGCAGUUAUUAUGUUUCAGCAAUCACUGAAGCAUCUAGCCUUUGAUAAAAUUAUAUCAGUUAAAUCGGUGCUUCGUUUCAAAAAUGUGAGACAAAAUAAAAGAGUUCAGCCACAAACAAGUAGUGUGUUACAUUUUGACUUCUGUGCAAUAUCGGACGUACAACUGUGCUCAACUGAACAGGCUAAAAAGUUUAAUGAAAACAUGCUGAAAAUUUUAAGCUCUGCGCAGAAAUCAGUGCAUCAGCUAAUACAUGGAACGAAAGUAAAAUCAUCUCAAAAUGUGAUCGGAAGUUCCAAGAAAAGAUGGUUGAAUUCGGAUGAGUCAGAAUCAAAAAGCUUGAACGAAAAAGGCUUCGAUUGGAGAAUGAAAAAAUUGAGCUCGUAUCCUUCACCGCCUCGAAAUGCGAGUUUGAAUUCGUUUGAAAUUUUCACGCCGGUGGCUAAAAAGGCUAGGAACGAGUUCAAAAGUCCAUGCAAUCCGACCUUUUAAAGUUUGAGCUAUGACUGAUCUUGAAAUUUUUGUCUAUACUUUCGGUUUUACAGCUGCAAUGGUUAAUUAUGAUUGAACUGAUCUGUGCAAUUUAGAAUUCGGUAUUUAAGUUAAGACUUCGCAUUUUGUUAGAUUGAUUUAAAAAUAUUUUAUCUUUACCUCUAACAAGCUUUUAUCGAAUUUCGAGACCAGGAAUGUUUCCUAUAUAUUAAAUAAAUGACAGGAAAGUUAAUUCCAUGUUUUAGUUGUCAUAAGGCGCAAUGUU